UUAACCGUUCACGACGAGCGAUAGCAAUUGUUACUUCUUUUAAUAGUCCUCAAGGAAUUAAGAAGAAGGCAGAACCCUAACUCACAAGGCCAAUAACAUACUUUGGCUUUGAGGGGCAAACGAUGUCAAGAAUAAAUCAAAAAGAGGGCCAUGAACACCGAUUUUUCGGAGCAAAUCGAAUCACAUUUUGUCCAGGAAGUCGCGUUGUGGUUGGGGGGCCCCUCGUUCAGAAUUUCCCCCCCUUCUCGGACCCUCUUCUAGUUCAAAUGGCAAAUGUGACAUUUUCUAGGCACAGAACAAACAAUUGAGAACACUUGUUUGCCAACAUCCAGUUCGGUGACUACGAAAUCCAACGAUUUCAAAUCUAUAGGGGAACAUCUAUAACUCAAACGAAUUUCAAGCCCCCAUUGAUCUUCUCUCGGAAGAACAGUUUACAGGUCAUAGUUCAUUUGAGUUUCUUAGGAAAGCCGAACAUCUUUUACAAACAUACUAACUCUUCUCGUGGCGGUCAAUAGUGAAUUAUUAGACAUGUGCGUGUUCAUCCUGCAUCUCAAAGAUAGUGUCAGUAAAAUAGUGCCUGAGAAGAGUCAACAAGAGUUGUGAUCACUUUUGUUGGAGGGCUAAUAAAUCGCAGUAAUGCCAACGGAACCUAUCGAUUACAAAGGGACAAAAAAUGUCAUCUUCAUCGUUCAAGCAUCUUCAUAAUCCAAUUUGAGCCUUCACAACCCAAUUUGAUGCAUUUGAAUAAAUCGCAAACGUUGGAUUUCUCUGCAUUGGAGAUAACAAAGUUUGGCAAGGGUAUCUUCAUCACACAAAAGCCGAUCUAUGACAUGUCUUGCGUCUGAACUCAAGGAAGAGGGUCGUUCAAAGCUUCAAGAAUAUCAGUCGUGCCGACUAGAGUCGAAAAAUGGAUCUGCUAACUGUGAAAAUCAUCACCAUGGUCCUUUUGGGGGGCAUUUCCUUGUUCCUGGGACUUCUUCCCAUGGCCUUUCGACCUUGCAUGAAGAAGAAAGAUGGACACAAAUCCAAAGCCGACAUCUUUAUUUCGGCGUUUUCAUGUUUCGGUGGUGGAGUGAUCCUCACCACAUGCUUAACACACAUGCUACCUGAGGUCAACUUGUUCCUGAAGCACAACAUUGAGCAGGGGUCUUUCCCGGACACAGGCAUGCCUAUCGCCGAAAUACUGGUUCUGUCGGGAUUUAUGAUGAUCUACAUUGUCGAAGAGGUCACUCACAGUUGCAUUAACCAAGUGAGCAAAGACAAGACUGCCCAAAAGGUCAAUCCAGAAGAAGAGCCGUGGGUUUUGCAACAUGGGCAUACUGAAAUCCCCACAGAAAUUAUCAUUCCGCCAGAAAACUUGGGAUUUGAGGCCACGCUUCGGGGAUUUCUUGUGAUUCUUGCCCUUUCCCUCCAUGCGGUCUUUGAAGGCAUCGCUCUUGGACUGACACAUACUGUGACUUCAGUUUGGUUCUUAUUCUUCGCCAUUGCUUCCCAUAAGUAUGUGAUUUCAUUCUGCAUCGGCAUGCAAUUUGUGAGCACAGGAAUUAAACCGUUUGUGAAUGUGAUCUAUGUGGCUACGUUUGCCUUGAUCUCGCCGUUGGGAGCAGGUCUCGGGAUCCUCUUGUCAGAAUCCGUCUCUUCGGAGGCAUCUCUGCAAAACUCUUUGGUCACGAUCCUUCAAGGUCUGGCCACGGGAACUCUUCUUUACGUGGUGUUCUUUGAAGUGAUCGAGAAGGAGCGUACCAAUGGAACGAAUGGCAUUAUUCAGGUCGUUUUCAUCACUCUGGGAUUUGUGUGCAUGAUCCUCUUGGAGGUGGUGGAAUUAAACGUUGCUGGCGGAGAUCCAGUGGUUCAAAGCCUUCCUGAUUCAGACACGAGGCUUUGCCAAUUGGAAUACUUGAACUCGACUUGGGUACUGCCAAAAAACUUCACUUGUACAUCAGGUCAAUUGGAGCCAAUUGUUUAAAAUAUACGUGGUCUCCGCUUA